GAGUUCUUUUUCCCCAUAUCAAAUCGCCACGAAAGCAGCAAUUGCGCAGCUGUUAAUCUGCUGACCAGACACGGCCUGAGAUCUAUAAACCGGCCCGCAAUUGGCUUCUCUUCAAGGCCUUUUAUAUUUUCAGCAAAAUACGCUCUUACAGCAAGGAUGGCUUCGUCGCGGGAUUAUUCGUCACUUCAGACCCCUGAGCUCUGCGUAGCUGACUUUUGCUUGGUCCCUAUUGGAACGCCGACUGCCUCGGUGUCCAAAGAGAUUGCAGAAGUCCAGCGGCUGUUGGCAACGUGUGGGCUGGAGUACACCCUGCAUUCCGCUGGAACUACUGUUGAGGGGCCAUGGGAUGAAGUCUUCAAGAUUAUUGGUCAGGCUCAUGCUCUCAUCCACAAAAACGGCAUCCCGAGAGUGCAGACUGAUAUCAGAGUCGGCACAAGAAUCGAUAAGAAGCAGACUUUCUCCCAGAAAGUCGAAGCAGUCAACAAGCUCCUUGCUGCGGAUAAGCAGUAGCCUUUUCACCUUUUCAUUUUUUUUGUUCCUAGGUAUACAAUUCGGCAUAGAGCGGUCCAAUAGCAGGAUAUACUUCAAUAAAUACUAUUUCUAGACUG